AUGGCCACUUCUAUUAGCCCCCAGCCUGCUUUUCAUCUAUGUCCGGACUUCAGCAUCGCUCCGCCGCCCAACGGCCACCUACAGCUGGGCUCUAUGCUGCGAGGUCUUGAUUUUGACAGCAUCUUUUCCCCCCUCGAUUAUGGAGACACUGCUGAGAUUCCCAACUCUCAAUUGUGGCCGCUUGACAAACCUGCUGAAAAAGACGGCUUUAGUCGCAGUCUGAGAGAGCUCCGAGUCAUCGAAGGUAGCAUUUGGGCCAAGAUCUUCGGCGGCGAUAGCAUGGGCGCCAUGUUCUCUUUCUUGCGUAACCGCGAGAACGACGAAACCUUGACAGUAAAGAAAAUCUUUGUCCGAUACUUCAUUCCAACACCCGAAUACAUGAAGAACGCCCUCGAAAUCGACAACGUGGCUUUUCACAUUAACAAUACGAAGCGCAAGAAGCCCGUAUACAUAAUUACUGGACUGAUGUGGACUGAAGGAGCCAAGCUCUCCAAGGUUCAGUCCAAGAAGAGCAAAGCCAGCGGCCAGGUCGCUGCGACUGAUCCGCACUCGGGCACUACAGUCGGUGGGGGUGCAGCAUUCGAGAUUGACGACAAUGUUUCUACGAGUUUUGACGGCUCGACGCCAUUCAUUCUCGGAAUCCGAGUCCGCAAGAUUUGGUGGGACAAGGACGGUACGAGACGGGGUGCUGAAGACAUUGUCGGAGCAACGCUGGGAAACCCCAAGGCGAAGGAUGAGGACGUUCUGGACGGGCUCAAGUUCGUUGACGAUGAAGUCGACAAUGCAGCGGGACAGAUUACCAUAGAUGAGGGCCAUACAGGCGAAGAAGACGCUGUGACUUGGAUUCUGGUUUGA